GUUGCAGUGGCAGCUGUCAUCAAAAUUAUUCUGAGAGGUGUACUUGAAUGCUACUUUAGUAUUUAUUGUUUUAUUUUCUAUCUUCACACGUUUAUUCGGCUUCAAGAUGAUUUCGCUCACGGACUCCCAAAAGAUCGGAAUGGGAUUAACAGGCUUCGGCGUGUUUUUCCUCUUCUUCGGGAUGAUCCUGUUCUUUGACAAAGCACUCCUAGCUAUUGGAAACAUCCUGUUUGUUGCCGGACUCGCCUUUGUCAUCGGGCUGGAGAGGACCUUCCGCUUCUUCUUUCAGAAGCACAAGAUGAAAGCCACCGGUUUCUUCCUGGGAGGUGUGUUUGUGGUGCUGAUUGGCUGGCCCAUCAUCGGAGUUGUACUGGAGUUCUAUGGCUUUUUCCUCUUGUUCAGGGGCUUCUUCCCAGUCGUGGUGGGCUUCAUCAGAAGAAUACCGGUCCUCGGCUCCAUCCUGAACCUGCCCUUCAUCAGUGGAUACGUGGACAGAGUGAGCGAGGGCAACACCAUGGUAUAACAGUGACUUUUUUUUUUUUACCCAGAGAAGGCUGCAGAUUUUUUGUAAAAGCAACACCAUCUCCCACUGGGCUGAUUCACAGCAGCCGAGGUUGUACGUUCAGAUCCCCCCCCCCCCCUCCAGACUGCUCUCUGUCCGUCUGCCAUUCCACCGGUCAGUGCCACCAAUCGAAAACAGGUUCAUCAGAGCGUCGCUCCGCACCGGUCUGUUUCUACAGGACGGACUUCCCGAGGUCACGACGACACAUACAUCAACGCUAUGGAUCCCCGUCACCGCCGAGUGCAUCCGGCAGGAGAAUGGAGGAUGCAACGCUCCGUCUACGUGACUUUCCUCCUCUGUGGAACAAACCUCACCAGGAUGACAAGUGAACCGACGGCUCACCACGUUUCUGCGCCUGUGCUUUCUGACUUCAUUUGGACAAAAAUGAUUUUUAGGUCCAUCUGCAGAUUUUCCGUGACACUAUUUAAAUACCAAAUGCGGCCAUUGUAAAAUGUUCUCUUUUUGUUUUCCCGUGUCAUUUCUGUUUAGAGUUGGCUUAUGACGACUUCAGUAUGAAUCCCUUUCUUUUGAAUGAUCUGCGCUUUAUUUCAUAAAUAGCGAGGGGCUUACGGGAUCAUGUGUUACAAUUGAUAUUAAGACUCCUAGAACACCAGAAAGGGGCAACUAACUGUUAGUAGCUCAGACUUAAGGAUGAAUUUAAGGUCAUCCUUGAGUCUGAGCUACACAUGGCGUACCAUGGUGUCCUGUUUGAUAACAGCACAGUUAUAACACGGUUAUAUCCAAAGGAGUUACACCAUUUGUCUUAUAAUUCUGGCGUCUUUUUUUUUUUUACCUGGGUUUUAUAAAAGCCAAAAAUUAUGAAAAUGAAACUUGUUGUAGAGUUAUGCCAUAAUGGACUUAAUGUUACUCGUAUUGAUCUUGGUUUCUCACUUGAAGAGUUUAGAGCAGUCCGUAAGUCUGUGUGUAAAGAAAUGAACUUCCACGGAAGCAGCGGCGCCUUUGUUUCCGACGUGUGGGCCUCCAGAGCCGCUCUAUGGACAUGAGACCUCGAGUCCUCCUCAUUCAUUUGAUAAAUGAAUGUCCUUAAACACUCUCUCUGUUUCGCUCUUGACCUUUAAAUGUUCUGAUCUUUUCUUUCUUUGUGGGAGAACAUUCUUCCCACGUCCCAGGAACUGAAUUCAUGAAGUCAACGGUGGGGUUUUUGUGCUCGAUGAAAAUGUUUCGCUGGCACUUUUGUAAAUAUAUUAUGGAAGUUUGCUUUCUAUCUGCCA